UCCGGAUCUACGUCAUCGAAGUGCGCCGGGAUUUCAAACAAACGACAGCGACGCAGUGCUGGACAACUUUUGUGACAGAGUUUGUGAUUGGUCCAGAGAGGUCACAUGGCUGUUUCCGCCAUGGCCGGCUCCCGAGAACGCCCUGCGGCAUCCAGGACCAGUUUCAUACCUGAGAUACAGGGCAUGAUGUUUGCCCUGGGAGACGCUCGCAGGCCGUUGCACGAGACAGCAGCCCUGGUGGAGGACAUUGUGCAUACGCAGCUUAUCACCAUGCUCCAUCAGGCCAGCGAGGGCGCCACCCUCCGGGGUUCAAGGGUCAUCGCGGUGGAGGACAUCCUCUUCCUGAUGCGCAGAGACAAGAGAAAGGUGUCAAGGCUGUUGAAGUAUCUCCAAUUCCGUGACUACAAGUCAAAGCUUCUCAAGGGCCUGGACGAUGAUGACGGGCAGCCGGAGCAAGGCGCGGGGUCGUCAGGCACGGUAGCCGGGGGCAACCAACGUCGCCAGCGUCUGGCUCAGGAUUACCUGCUGUGGUUGGACCACACGGGCGAGCUCCUGUCCCUGGCCGAGCGGCAGGAGAUGGACCCCGUCAAGCAAGAGAGGCUGGAGCGUCUGGAGCGUCACAGCAGAGCCAUGGACCAGACGCAGUACGCCGAAUUCUGUGAGAGUCGACAGCUCAGCUUUGCCAAGAAAGCAUCCAAGUUCCGCGACUGGCUGGAUUGCAGCAGUCUGGACCUCAAACCCAACGGCGUCGCCAUGGAGAUACUGUCCUACCUGGCCUAUGAAACUGUCGCCCAGGUAACCGCAUCAUCCAUCUAUCAUUCAUACCUUAACGCCCCCCACCCCCCACCUAAAUAUGAGUCGUUUUUCGUCUUUGAUUUCUUUUUGUUUGUUUUCCUGAGGUGAACUUGACGUGUUGUCUGGCAGGUCAAGAAAGAAUCGGAGUCGCCUGAAGCCACGCCUCCCUCCACUCCUGGGUCCUCCCACUCUUCCAAGCCCCUCCUCCAAGGCAACGGAAGCCUGGAGGGGCGAGCGCGGCAGAGGAAACGUAAAAAGAGCUGUCCUGCUGCGGCGGAACCUCCCAGCGGCGCCAUCCAGCUUUGUCACAUCCGAGAGGCCAUCCGAAGAUACAACUACCGACACACCAGUGCCUACAGGAGGAACGGGAUGGCUUACCUGGCCUGUUGACCCCCCCGUGGAAAACGGAUGAAUUGUGUUUCUCUCAG